AUUUUUAUUUUUGUUUGUUUCUGCAUCUAUUAUGCACUACACUACUAUACACUGAGCACUGAAUAUGUAGCGAGUACUCAUAUAUAAUAGCUUUCAUAUUCAUUCACUCACUCACUCUUCUUUCUCUUUCCUUUCUAAUUUGGAGUAAUAAUCAAUCAUUGAAUCCCCCACGCGCCAUGUAUACACACAAUAAUAACUGUAACGGCACAUUCUGUUACGCCAAUAACGACGACCAUUUCCAUCACAUGAUAACGGCAAUGCAUUCGUCGCCGUCGAGCGGAGCCGCAUCUCAUCAAUGGCAAUUGAUGAUGACGAACCAGUCGGAAGCGAGCAUGAGCGCAAGCAGCGGGUGUAGCACGCCGAGUUCGUUGGCGAGUUGCGGUGACACCACUAGUCAGCGCGUGAGCGCCACGAAGAUGCACAAGAGCGUGAGUAGCCACUCGCUGUUCUUGCAGAAUAACAAUAGCAGUGGGGUCCACCAAAACCGUAAUCAGUUGUAUCCAUCCUUCUCUGCUCUUUUCUGCGAGUUUCUUAAUUCCGAUGACGCUCCCGUUCGCAGGGUUUACAGCACCGGUGAUCUUCAGGAAGAUACUUCACUAUCAAGUGAGAGUAGUAUGAUAAUAGAAGCAAUGAGCAGAGCCAGUCCCUAUAGUCCUGAAGAGAAGAAGAUAAGAAUUGAGAGAUACAGAAUCAAGAGAAACCAGAGGAACUUCAACAAGAAAAUCAAGUAUGCUUGUAGAAAAACAUUGGCGGAUAGCCGGCCGCGAAUCAGAGGACGAUUUGCGAAGAAUGAUGAAAUUGUGAGAAACCCUCCAUCACUUGAAUGGUGCCAAUUUGGUGCUGCUGGGGAGGAAAAAGAUGAAGAAGAUGAGAAUAAUUGGGUCAAUUUAUUUGAUUCCUUAGACCCUGCAAAUGUUGCUGCUCAUCAUCAUCAAGAGCAACAAGAUAGUUCCCCUUUCAGUGUAUUCUACUAAAAUAUUUGAAUUUGCAUGUCAAUGAAGAAUCACUAUAAUUAUUUGUUUUCUAUUUCCUCCCUUUUUUUUCUUUCUUUCUUUGUUAAAGAGUGUUAUUGUUGUGGUGUGAGCCUAUAAACAAAUUAGGUAAUGUAAAUAUGGUUUAUUUGAAUCAUGAUGUGACCAUGUGCAAUUCUAGACUUGAUAUAAUGUAGGAUGAAGUUUUAAUUUUCAA